UCAGCUUGACCGCCCCCCCCCACAAUGGCCACCACCAGGGAUGUACUAGGGGUGCUGGGACCAAUGGCUGCCCAGAUCCAGAAGCUCCGAGAGAGGCAGCUGUUCCCAGGAGUACCACACACCACCACCACCACCACCACUACCCUCACCACACACUGCCAGACCUUGAGUGGUGCCUGUGACCUGCUGUGUGGACGCCUGCAGGUCACCGCGGAGGUCACACAGGACGCGGCACUGCUGGAGAAGGCUGGGCAGGUCAAGGAGAGGCUGAGAGAGGUCACCGAUGCGCUCAAAACGUGUUCCGAGGAGAUGCAGAUUAGAGAGGGAGAGGGGCUGGCGGUGGCAUGGGGGUGUGUGGUGGGGUGCCUGGAGGGGGUGCUGGAGGAGGUGAGCCAGGCACUAGUGGUGUGGGGGGGUGCCAGUGCCAGGGAGGUGACCAGGGCUGCCUCACACCUGCACACACACCUCACACACCUGAAGAACCUCACACACCUGUCAUCGUUAAGGCCGCUGUUUCAGGCCACCACCACCACCACCACCACCCUGCUACACCACCUCCACCACCACCGCCACCAGCAGUGCCAGGCAGGGCGACGGGAGGCUCUGUGGCAUUAUGGACACCUGCUGGCCCUCAGUAUCCACCUGAUGGGGCUGUGUGUGGAGGGAGCCCUGGCUGCUGAGAGUCUUGUGGGGGCCAGGGUGUGUGUGUCGCUGGCCUGUGAUAGAGUAGGUCAUGUCCUCUCUGACCUGACCAGCCUACUUGACCCAGCUUGCCCUGACCCCCCCCUGCCUGACCUCCACCCCCUCCCUGUGGCCUUCACCAAGCAGAUAGACAAGGUGUUGGCAGUGCUGGACAGUGCCAACGAGAGAGACAGAGAGAGAGAAAGUGCCACAGCGGAGAAAGAGAAUGCCAAAAGAGAGAGAGAGAAUUCUGCGACGAGAGAGAGAGAGAACACCAACGAGAGAGAGAGAGAGAGAGAAAAUGCCUCAGGAGAUAGAGAGACAGCCACAGAAGAGAGAGAGAGAGAGACUACCACAGCAAGAGAGAGAGAGAGUGCUGUGGGUCAAAACGUCAAAAUUUUACUCGAGGAUAUUUUAAAACACUCCUUAGCUGUGGCGCACUGCUGUGGUGGGGUGGUGGUGGCGGUGGUGAACCCUCGCCACAUAUACUGUCCCUCGCUGACAAGGUUCUAAGAAGAUUAAAAACACUGAUUAACAUUGAAACCACCACCACCACCACCACCACCACCACCACCACCACCACCACCGCCAGGGAGAGUGAGAGUGAGAGGGAGAGGGGAGUGGGAGAGGCACGGGAGAGGCUGGGAGAGAGCGUGGAGGAGCUGGAGGAAUUUGUGAACACCUCUCUCAUCACUCUCAUUGUGCAGACGUUUGCAGCCCCCCUCGCCCCUCUCCACACCCUCCUGUCUCUGGUCAAACAAACGGAUGGUGUUUUAAUCCAAACGGAGAUGGAUGAAGCGAUCUCUGCGUUUGAUUCACACACCGACCAGAUUUUCCAAACGGCUGGGCUCGCUAUGGCCUGCACAUCCAAUCGAAGAACCCAGAGAGACAUACGCACAUACUUAGCAACUCUGGAGUGGCUGGAAGGUGUUUUAAUCCCAGCAAUCCAAACGCAGGCAAACACGGACAAACACACACACACACACGCCCUGGCCAAGCACUGGGAAAGAGUGGUGGGGACCCUCAAGCGGUGUUUAGAUGAUAUGGUGGACCCCUCUGCGUUUGUUUUGGUAACCAAACGGGAGGUGCAGAAGAUUUGGGUGUCUCUAAGGAGCCGUUUGUACACACCUGACCUUCUCUGGCUGCAAGAAAAUGCUAUGAAGAUUGUGUGUUUGGCUCAGAAUGUCCUCCUUGUGUCCUCCUCCUCCUCCUCCUCCUCUUCUUCUUCUUCUUGGGUUUGCAAUUACAUGAGGCAGGAUUUGAAAAGCGCGUUGAGAGAGGUGAGAGGCGCCCUGGGGAGAGUGACCGCCUCUCCCAGCACACUCUCCCACCACCGCAGUCUUCUCAAGCGGAUCCAACUCACUCUCACUCUCCUCUCACGCCUCUCCACCUCUCUCGACACCACCACCGCCACCACCACCACCACUCCGGCUGGUGGUGGUGGUGGUGCUGGUGGUGCAGGUGGUGGUGGGUUGACAGCGGAGGAAAAACACCAUUUGAUAACUACCAACAUAGAGAGCCUUCCAGUGGACGCCCCAGCCCCCGUCAGCCCCCAUCAGCCCCCGUCAGCCCCCGCCAGCCCCGUCAUCCCCGAGCCCCCCCACCAGGCUCGGGAGGCUGGGGUAGGGGGGGCGUGUCUUGUGCAGGUCUCUCCAUGGACACUCUGGCCUGUGACACGUCCAUAGAGAUUUCCCGUUUUCUAUCUCGCUCCUCCACCAUUUUCUCUUCCACUCGCGGCUCAAGAAGGCAUUACACUCUACAGGUGAGAGAAAUAAAUCUGGACUUGGAGGGGGUCGACGCUCCCCUACCCCCGCCCCCCUCCACCCCCACGAAGGCUGAAAUAGAAGAAGAAAAUAGAGAAGAGAAGAAGAAGAAGAAGGAGGAGGAGGAAGAAGAAGAGGAGAAGAAGGAAGAAGAAGAAGAAGAAGGAGGAGCUGUGGGAGGUGUCAGAGUUGAUAAAUAGAGAGGGAACACCGCCCCCCUCGCCCGCCACCCCCCACCAAGGCGCCCCCACACAUGAAGACCAACUCUCUGCAAUAUUGGAGUCCCUUACCUCUCUAAUCGGGGACCUGAGUGCUCUCCCAGCCUCUCCCACGCCAAAACUUUCACCCAAUCCUGAGAAGUACCCCCUGAAAGCCACAGAAAACGGGUGCUGGAAUCCGACCCCAGGGGCACCUCAGGGGAAUUCCAAGGCCUUUGAUGAACCCUUAGGAGCCUCUAGGGACAUAUGCACCCCUCCCGAAGGCCCCUGGGGGAAGGAUAAGGGCGUGGCAGGGGGGGAGAAAACGCCACUUCGAGGGGUUACUCUUCAAAAUGCAUCUUUCUCUCCUCGCUUCCCAGAGAUUGAUGUUGGUUUCCCUUCAUUUGAGGAGGAAGAAGGAAGGAAAGGAGGAGGAGGAGGAGGAGGAGGAGGAGCUGAAGGACUACUGGAGGAGAUAUGGAAGGAUUUUACCGCGAUCCUUCAAGCUAGGACCCCCAAUGAAGGAAGGAAGGAGGAAAAGGAGGAG